GAAGCUUUGCCGCCCAUCUCUCAAACAUCAACAUCACGCUCGGUGAGGUCUGAAUCCUUCCUCGAGAAAGCUCAUCAUCGCACAUCAACUGACCAAAUCCCCUCAGUUCCAUCAUGAGAGAAAUUGUUCACCUGCAGACCGGCCAAUGUGGUAACCAAGUUGGUGCCAAGUUCUGGGAGGUGCUUUCGGAGGAGCACGGCAUCGACCAGACGGGUGCCUACCACGGUACCACCGAUCUCCAGCUCGAGCGCAUCAAUGUGUACUACAAUGAGGCCGCUGGAGCCAAGUACGUUCCUCGUGCCGUGCUUGUGGAUCUUGAGCCAGGAACGAUGGACUCUGUGCGUUCGGGCCCCAUGGGUGGAAUCUUCCGUCCCGACAACUUCGUCUUUGGUCAGAGCGGUGCUGGUAACAACUGGGCCAAGGGUCAUUACACUGAGGGUGCUGAGCUGGUCGACUCCGUUCUCGACGUCGUGCGCAAGGAAGCUGAGAACUGCGACAUGCUGCAAGGUUUCCAGAUCACCCACUCUCUCGGUGGUGGUACAGGCGCCGGUAUGGGUACGCUCCUGAUCUCCAAGAUCCGCGAGGAGUUCCCAGACCGUAUGAUGGCCACUUUCAGUGUCAUGCCGUCGCCCAAGGUCUCCGACACCGUCGUUGAGCCCUACAACGCCACCCUUUCUGUUCACCAGCUCGUGGAGAACAGCGACGAGACUUUCUGCAUUGACAACGAAGCUCUUUACGACAUUUGCUUCCGUACCCUCAAGCUCUCUACACCCAAGUACGGUGACUUGAACCACCUCGUGUCCGUCGUCAUGAGUGGUAUCACCACCUGCUUGCGUUUCCCUGGUCAGCUCAACUCUGACUUGCGCAAGCUGGCUGUCAACAUGGUGCCAUUCCCUCGUCUGCACUUCUUCAUGGUUGGCUUCGCUCCUUUGACCGCUCGUGGCAGCCAGCAGUACCGCGCUGUCUCGGUCCCUGAGCUUACCUCUCAGAUGUUCGACUCGAAGAACAUGAUGGCCGCAUCUGACCCCAAGCACGGUCGAUACCUGACUGUCGCCGCCUACUUCCGUGGAAAGGUCUCCAUGAAGGAUGUCGAGGACCAAAUGCAGUUGAUGCAGACGAAGAACAGCUCCUACUUCGUCGAGUGGAUUCCCAACAACUGUCUCACUGCUCACUGUGACAUUCCUCCUCGUGGUCUCAAGAUGUCUGUUACCUUCAUUGGCAACAACACCUCCAUCCAGGAGUUGUUCAAGCGUAUUGCCGACCAAUUCUCCGUCAUGUUCCGCAGAAAGGCUUUCCUCCACUGGUACACCGGAGAGGGUAUGGACGAGCUUGAGUUCAACGAAGCCGAGAGCAACAUGCAAGACCUUAUCGCCGAGUACCAGCAAUACGAGAACGCCACCACUGAGGAGGAGCUCGAUGAGGGUGUCUACGAGGAGGAGGUCGUUGAGGAGUAGGCGUGACGUGUGACGUUGAACCACGCCGCGAAUGGAAGUCGGCUCCCUGGCGAAGAAAAAGGUAGAUUUGCCUCCCUGGUCUUUUAUACAGCGAUCGUCACUGGUCCCCCCUUUGCCG